AUGUCGUCGAGCCCCUUACAGUGCACAAGGUACGCGUGGAGCAUGCCGUCUGUUUCGUUCAUGUUUGACCUCGCAGGGUACUGCAGGAUUGUCAUGACUCCCAUCAACUUCGUGUCUUUCUUGGUGUCACUAGUUCUUGUUGAUAUCCACUACACACGACGACGCUUGCAUACACACGCAGAGUCCCCCAGUAGGCUACCAAGCUGGCUACAUGAUCUUUUAUACCGCAGACAUCCAUACGAAGACCUUCGAGGGCAAUCAAGCGAGAUUCAUGAGCCGUGGUAUUAUCACAGCAAGCAAAAGAAGCUUAUGCGCAUGGAAGCAGAGGAUGCAUUUCGAUUGCGUGGCACCGUGCUCGUAGGGCUUGCUGUGGCGCUUGCGGCAGGCACAGCCGCUGCCCUGUAUUCACUAAAAAUACUCCUGUCGUGGCUUUGGGUGUAA